CACUUACCUCAUACUCCACCCAGUGUGACUGUCCUAGCAAUCUUGUCAUUACAUAAACUAUUCAUCAAGUCCUUCAGUGCAGUCCCAUUCAGCACUGUGCCUGACAAUACUCAGCUGCAGAGAUGAAUAACGAAGGAGUUACUUAUGCAGAACUUAAUCUAGUGAAGAACCCAAAGAGACAGCAAAUGAAACCUAAGAGCACUAAAAGUUCCGUUUCAGAAACUGUGCAAGAAAUAAUAUAUGCAGAAUUAAAUCUUCAAAAUGCUUCUCAGGAUCUUCAAGAGAAUGGCAAGAACAAUUACUGCAAAGGGAAGCUCAUUGCUGGGAUCCUGGGAAUCAUCUGCUUUGUCUUGAUGUCUGCUGUGAUGACAAUAGUUCUUAUUACCUCUACUGAAGUACUGGAGCAGAACAAUUCAUCCCUGAAAACAAAGAUCCAGAAAGCUUAUUACUGUGGUCGUUGUCCAAAAGAGUGGAUUACAUAUUCCAACAAUUGCUAUUACAUUAGCACUGAAAGAAAACCAUGGAAUGAGAGCUUGUCAGCCUGUGCUUCUAAGAACUCUAACCUGCUCUACAUAGAUGAUGAAGAAGAAUUGUAUAUGUUGAACUUCGUCAUUCAUUCUUCAUGGAUUAGAGUCUCCCAGAGAAGCAAUAAUUCAUGGGUGUUGCCCAAAGGCCUAACUUUCUUUUCCAAGCGGUUGUCAGUAACUUCAGAAAUGGACAACAAUUGUACAUUUUUACAUGUUCACACAAACAAAUUUUCUCUUGCAUCCUGCUUAGAAAGAAAAACGCAUAUUUGUAAGCACCAGGCACUUCAGCUUACUUAAAUUUGGUAUAAUGCUAUCUCACCAUCUGUAAAGAGCAUAUUUCUCUUUUCUUCAAGCCAUACAAUUAUUUACUCAGUUAUUUUUUAAAGAUAUUAUUUUUGAGAGCAAUUUAGGUUCACAACAAAAUUAAGAGGAAGUUACUGCAAUUUGCUUGAUUGUCCCUGUCUGCACAUGUGACGGCCUCUCCUGUUAUCAGCAUCAUUCACUAGAAUGGUCCAUUUCUUUCAAGGAUGACCCUGCAGUGACGCAUCAUAAUCACCCAAAGUCCAAAGCGUACCUGAGGUUUCACUCUUGGUGUACAGAACUAUUUUUCAACCUUUAUUUAUAUUAAUGUAAAAAUAUAUAUACUUAGGAACAUAUUAUACAUUUCUUAAGCUUUUGUGUGUACUAAAAUAAAUUAUAUAUAAAUCAUAAUAUUGAGUACUGUUAAUGUCAAGUCCUCAAUAAGGUGAACAAAUCCACUCAUAUUUCCAAAUUUGUCCUAGCCCUUAAAGGGGCUGCAAAUGAGGGUUGAGCAACUCAGGGUGGCAAGGUUAUCAGUCAGGGUUGAGGAAGGAGACAGAAACUAGGGGAAGUUUGAUGAAAGUAUUAUUAACUAUUUGUAAGGGAAAGCCUUCUGAGAGGGGAUGAAAGAAAAAUAUAAGAAUACCUUAGGAUGAAAGGAGAGUACCCGAAGGAGGGAUCACUAGGAAGCCAGGUCUACUCUCUGAAGGUGGGACUCAGGUGUCAUUGAAGACAAUAUGGCUACACAGCUUCAUGGCAGACAUGCUCACGGAAUUGGUGGGGACAGAGCAGCUCCACAGUCCACAGGCUGAACUUGGUGAGGAUGGAUCUCAGGCUGUGACUGGCAGCCAGGAAGGAUUCCCUACCAGAGUGUAAGCAGGUAGAGGCUGGAGGAUGGGAAACUUUGACUGGUACUGGCCACAGAAACUUCCUGGAGGCUGAAUACAUGGGACUUCCUGUGUGCAUGAGGCUGGCAACCAAGCCAUAGAGGCCAAACACCCUGAAAACACCAUGAAACCAGGAAGAAGAGCCCUUUCUGCUACAGUGUCUCUCCAUUGCGUUUUACCAACAAAACUCAACCUCAUGUGAGCUGACAAGGGAGAAAAGUUGAUAGGAUCUGCUCUAUUGUCUGAGAACCGGGGAGUGAACGAUCGAUUUGGAGCUGAGAGUACUGAAUUGUUAACAGGCCCUCAGACUUUCCAUGCAACAACUACGGGUUUGCUCUAUAAGAGCCGUCAGGAUCUGCCUCAACUCCUCAGAGAAUGGAACCAAAGUGUACCUUCAGAAUCUGUUUUAAUGCAGCACUAUCAACGAUUAGGUUCAUUUUUUGGUAGAGCUUGUUUUUUCAUUUAGCAAUAACCAGUUUCUUCUGGUACUCUUUUCUUGUCUAUUGAUUUCCUGGUUUUCAGAUAUUUUGGGAGAGAUCUUGUUUGUUAAAUUCUCUCUGUCCUCACUUCUGUCACUCUUUAUUACCAGGUUUAGAAAUAUAUUUUGAUGUGAAAAAUAAAAUGUUAAAUAAUAACGAAAAUAAGAAUUUAAAAUGUACAGGUAUUUGUGUCGAUCAGUUAGUUAUUACCAGAAUUCAGGAAAGACUUUAGUAAUUUGAUAAUGAUUGAGAGAUUUUUUUUCGACCCUAAUUCAGUUACCAGAGAGAGAGAGAGAGAUUAAACAGGAUUAUUACUUGCAAAAUAAAUUCAUAUUUCAUAUACAUUUAGCUCUUUGAACAUAGAUAUAUUCUUUAUAUUCAUUUCCCAUGUUAACACAGAGAAGAUAGAUGCAUAUUCAAAAUUAAUUUCAUAUAAUAUGUAAAUGGUGGGUGUAACUAAUUGCUAAGAUUGUGUUACAAACAACCCAAGAUUGCAAUGGUGUUUAAAAUUACGGGUUUGUUUCUCACUCACCCAUUUGCGGUUUGGCUGUGUUUCAGUUGAUGGAGGUUUGGGUUGUAUGAGCUUGGCUAUAAACCACAGAUGCAGUUCAGAUCUUUUUUUAUAUAUUUUAUUCUUUGAACAGUGGGCUAUCUGGUACAUGACCUAUUUAAGAGGAGAUUUGCAGCUCUCCAAGGGGCCAGCAGAUAUGUGCUUCUUAAUGUGUGCAGUCUGAACUCAUAAAGUGUCACUUUUCCACUCACCAUAUAUUGUGAAAACAAAUGACAUAGCCAAACCUCUCAAUGAUUAUCUUCAAAGCACACUGUUUUCAAAUUAGUCAGUUGAAGGAAAUAUAGGUUCACUGAACAAUAACCUACUCUACCAUAAUAGCUACAAGAAUAUUUUUCUCAUUAUAUUUCAUAAGAUAGAUAUCUUUAUAAAAAUAAACAUUGUAAAAUUUUUUUUUAAAAAGUAAUUUCCUAACUUCCCAUCUAGGUGUUUGCUUCCUCUGAGCCAAAAACUGUUAUCAAAUAGAUUUGUUUAGUGGUGAACAUCAUCAUGCAGAUGUCCAACAGGGUCCUUGAUGAAUUUACAGCAGGGAGAGCAGUAUGGUAUAAACUGUAAGGACAUCGACAGUGAAACCAGGUCACUUCAAUGUAAAUUCUGAAUGCACACUGUCAGCCUGGUGACUCAGUUAUGUAACUGCUCUGGCUCAAUUUCUUCUUUUAUAAAAUAUAGAGCAAAUCGUAUCUUAUUCAUGGAGUUACUUGAAGAUUAUUUGAAAAGCACUUCUUGGCACAUAAAUAUUCACUCAAUCUCAGUCAUUUUUACUUAAAAACGUCAUGCUUCAUUUCCAUCAUCUGUGACAUGAUAACCAUAUAUGUAGCCCCUCAUAGGGCUGAUCUGAGUGAUAAAUAAUAUACGCCUGAAGAUCCUUAAAAUAAAGCCUAACCACGUUAAGUUCUUGCUGCGUGAUCUCUUCGUAUUUUGUGUUUCUAAAUAUCAAAUAAAAGCUGAUUUCCAAGAAAACACAAGUUCUA